UUAAACGAGAAGGAAAAAACCUCGCAAACUUUUCAUUUUCACAGCUUACGUUUCUUCUUCAAUGCUCAGAACGUUAGAGAGAUGAAAACUGUGUUUCGAAUAUUUUGGCUCUGCUUUCUUUCACAAAUACUAGGUAAAAUUCAUGUAGAGCGUUCGGGUAUCUUUCCAGUAAAUCCUAAAAGUUUUGGAAUCCAAUUCUACAUAACACUUGCCAACGAUGCGAAGAAAACGCUCACAAUAACCCCGAAAAAACCGAGAUGUUGUUGGCAAGUUGACAAAAACGACCUAGAUUGUAAGUCCAUGGAGCUUAUAGGUGGCAAUGAAAUACAGCUUCCAUCACUGAAACGCGAAAAUAUCUCGUAUGUAUUUCCAAACAAAUACCCAAUGGACAGAAUUGGAAAUUGUGACUUUACCUUCAUGGCUGGGGAGAAACAGCUUCGACACAGAGUCAGAUUUAAUACCACAGAACCAAAGAAAAAAUCUUGGUUAGAUGUUAUCGGGUUUGGAGGUGACAGUUUCAGAAAAUGCCGAGGAGUUGAUAGGGACCCCAGGAAAAAUUGUGAGCCUGUGGACUGCGUUGAAAAGUACAAUGGAUGGAGAAAUUUCUUCAAAAACUCGACAGGAAAGUGUGAAGUUAUUCAUGAGUGCUACACAAAGGGCAAGGAAGGAGAGCUACCUGAAAUUGCAUUUGACAAAGACUAUAACGACUGCAAAAGUCUGGUAAGCCCUACGCUGACCAAAAAGCAGAAAAAGCAGAUCUAUGACAACAUGGAGAGAAGCAAACUGGCGAAAUUGAAGUUUACCUUAGAGGAUAUCAAAGAAAUAAACCCGGUGCCACUCAACUGUCAUCACGGCCGGCGCGUUGGUUCGGUUUGUGUUUGCAACGAAGGCUGGAAGACAAAAACUAACAAUGUGCCAAAGAAAGACUUGCGGUAUAUCUACGACUGGUGUAAUGUAAAGAUCGAGAAAUCAAAGAGGGCUUAUCAAAGAGCCCUCAUGCAAGCUGGUUUGGGGGUGAUGGGUUUCACCCUUCUGAUUGGCUGGCUGCUGAUAAUAUGGAGUUGUUUCAUUGCCGGAACUGGAAGUGAAGGGCGCGUGAGUCAAACGUUCAAAACACUUUGGAUCACUGUCGAAAGAUUCUGGCGACGGAAUUCUCAUGGCUACAUACAUACAUCUUAUGAGCCAACCAAUGACAACGAGCUUUGUUUAGCAAAGGGACAGAUCGUGCAAGAUAUUGUUAGAGUCGACGACAAGGAGGGGUGGUACGAGGGCACGUGUGACGGAGUGAGGGGACUUUUCCACCAAGACUAUGUCAUAAUCAAGACGAGUGAAUCCAAGAAGACCUCGAAUUCGGCGCAAGAUUAAAAGCAUUUGCUUUUUACUUUGUAACACUGACUUAAAAGGUCUUGUGAGUGUUGUUUCAGACACAGUUUAUG